GCUCAUUCUUCAGUCCAGCCGUACCCUCAUAUGCGGUCUGUAGUUUAUUUACAGAAAUAAAAAUUUGCAUCGCAGUCUAUCCAGCCAACAGUUACCUCAGGGCACACAGCUGGGGUGCCCCCCGGACGGGCUGCCGAACACAGAAUAACACAGGAUUUCGAAAUGUGAAAACUAAAGGAGUAAAGUCACAAAGGAGUGCAGACGGUGACUGAAAUUCAUUAGGAAAAAUAGAGGAAUUCUUAUGUCAUGGUAUGUCUUCUUACUCUCCAAACGUGAAGGCUCAAAAAGGGAAUAUUUGACACCAAAAAUUAUACACCCUGAAGUGAAACCUUGGAUUAUCUUUAUCAAGUGUCUUUAUCUGAAGACACAACCGAUUUUAACAAUUUAACAGCUAACAAAAUAGAAAUGAACAACUCUACCAAUUUAUUAAAAAAACUUGGCCUCAGUGACCUUUUUCCCAAAAAGAUUAAACUGAAUGAUAUUCUUGUUAUAGACCGUUUAUCUAUGCAUAUAAAUCAACCAUAUAGAGUACAAGACCUAAGGAGUCAAUAUCUCUAUAAGCUCAUGAUUUUAGACUACAAUGUCAGGUAUCUAUCUUUUAAACCAGUAGCUGAUCCACCUCUAGAAGAUGAUGGUACAACCUUUGAUGAUUUUGAUUUCUUUAAUACAAAUGAGGAGCUAACCAGUGGAGCAGAUCUGGCAGACACAGAGUCGCACAUCCAUCCCAUGGAUAUCCACAUGGCGGUCUUCCACUGUGCCAACGACUUUCUAAGACAGUACAUGUACACAAAACUCUCCACGUGCCAGUUUGCACUACCUUUCUUAGUUCCCAACCAAGGUACAGAAGGCCUGGAAUUCCCUUUUUGGCCUUUACGGCACAUCAAAAAAUCAUGGCAAAGUAUAACAAACUCAAGCGCAGACAACCCUGGAAAAUACCAAACCAGACAAAUGUUUAGCACACCGGUGCCAGUUGUCUCUUUUUUAAGGCUGGGGACCUCUUUCACCUCCAAAUCUCAAAUUAUGAAUUCUGUCAUUAGCAAACAGAGACACAAUGUGUUCUUCAAUCGGCACUGUAAAGGCAGUGCUCCAAACAGCAUGCUUAUGAAUGGGGUUGUCGAGAUCGCCUGGUACUGUCCAGGAGGAAAGAAAGAUGACAUAUUUGAUGACUGUGUUGCGUUUCUAAACCUUCAUGGUGACGCAAAAGACCAUCAACAGCAACUUCAAUUUCUGCAGGCAGUGAGUACGGUGAAAGUGCUUCUACUGUCAGAACAGGCACAGGAUGAAGAAACAAAAACAAUUUGUCAAAAUCUCUCUAAGUCUUCUACCCCAUUGAUCUGCCUAUUUUCUGGAAGUGAAAGGGUUCAGGGUUCAAAAAAUCCAGUCAUAGUGAGACUAGCUGCCAAGAACAGGAAUGAAGCAGAGUUAACAGAGGAACUCAUAACCAAUAUCAAGCAAUGCAUUGGACAAUAUAACAAGAAACAGAGCAUUGAAAACUGUUCUAAUGAAGCAAGAAAACUAAAGUUCAAAGUUGAUGAAGACAAGCAGUCAUUCAAAGAUGGACAUGAACUGGCGCAGACUUUAGUUUGUUUGUUAAAGGAAAAAGGCUUUUCAGAUAUCAAAAAGGAGUUUCUGCCUCUGCAUGGUGAACUGUGGCAUGACUGGUGCUUGAAAAAUAAGCAGCAGUAUCACCUGAGUUGCAAGACAAAUGAAAGCAUUGAACAACAACAAAGUGUGAUUCUAAGUGACAUGGAAGCCACACGUCAAAAACAGAGGGAAAUAGCUUUGUCACACAAUGAUUUUAUGAGAUCAUUCUUGGACUGUUUAACAUCAAGUGAUCAUUCAGAAGAUACAAAAUUCUACAUGCUGCAAUGGCUCAGAGUUUUACUCGAUGAGUUAUCUUCUGACCACCUUGCAAGACUUGAGGAGAAUUACCAUUCAGCUUGGUCCCAAAUGAGAAAUGUCCCCAAGAGUAAGGAGAAAGCAGAACUUGAUAUGCUCAGAAAACAGCUUAAUUCCUUAUCUGAAAACAUGGCUGCGUGUACAAUUGGAUUACAGCACAUCAUGAGAGAGGUCGGUCAGAUAUAUGAAUGUUCAGUUAAACAGUCUGUUGGUGCUCUCCCUGCACUUGGAGCUGAAAUGCUAAUUUCAGGAUACCCACUAGAACUGAUGGAUGGAGAUGAAUCACAUGUACCCCUUAUUUGGGUACAAGCUGUCCUGAAGAGUCUCAUUGAAAAGCUUGGGGACAAAAAGGUGUAUGUGCUGUCUAUCUUGGGACUCCAAAGCUCAGGUAAAUCAACCUUGCUGAAUACUAUGUUUGGUCUUCAGUUCACUGUAAGUGCAGGGAGGUGUACGCAUGGUGCUUUUAUGCAAAUGAUAAAGGUGGACGAGAAAAUCAGAGAGGAGCUUGGCUUUGAUUUUUUACUGGUUGUUGACACCGAAGGUCUUCGCUCUCCAGAGCUCAGCACUAAAACAUCCCUGAAUCAUGAUAAUGAACUUGCCACGUUCAUCAUUGGAAUUGGUGACAUGACUGUCAUCAACAUCAUGGGAGAAAAUCCAUCGGAGGUGCAUGAGAUCCUACAGAUUUGUGUGCAGGCUUUCUUAAGGAUGAAACGGGUUGAAAUCAAACCAAGCUGCAUAUUUGUGCACCAGAAUGUAGCAGAAGCAUCAGCUGGUGAUAAAAACAUGGAGGGGAGGAGGCGCCUUCAGGAGAAGCUGGAUGAAAUGGCUCAGACUGCAGCAAAGGAGGAGGGCAUUGACGAUGUCUACAGCUUCAGUGAUGUAAUACAGUUUGAUUUGGAAUCUCAAGUGUUUUACUUUAAAAAUCUCCUGGAGGGGGAUCCACCUAUGGCUCCCCCAAAUCCAUCCUACAGCCAGAAUGUUCAGGACCUGAAAUCUAAGCUGCUUUCAGUGGCAAAGUGGCAGACAGGUUUUCAAUUUCCGUCAUUCUCACAAUUCAGACUGCGAGUUCAAGACCUCUGGAACGCACUUUUGCAGGAAAAUUUUGUUUUCAGCUUCAGAAAUACAUUGGAAAUUAAGGUGUACAGCAGCCUGGAAGAGAAGUGUGCUCAUUGGUCAUGGGAGUUAAGGAAAUUUUCUUUGGAAACACAGACCAAGUUAAAAAACCAAAUUGGAAGCAACAACAUUUUGGAUGUCAGUAUCACAGAUCUGAUUUCUGACUUUGAUGAAGUUUAUAUUGCAUUAAAAAGGGAGGUUGAGGCACAUUUCAAAGAAGACAAACAUGCUGAAAUCCUCAUUAGAUGGAAAGGGAAUGUUGAAAACCGACUUGAGAGCCUGAAGAAGGAGCUCAUUGAAGAAACCCAUAAACAUUGUAAACUGUUAAUUGAAAUUAAGAGAAGUAUGACAGAACUAGAUCAGAAAAAAUCACUUUAUGAAAAAAACCUGAUGCAAAAAAGCAAAACCAUGGCAACUUCUUUGAAGGACAAGAGGUUCACUGAUGAACAAGUGGAGGAAGCAUUCAGUUCACUCUGGGUUGAGUGGGUAGCUGAAAUAGCAGAAGAUCAGCCGCCUGAUGAGCCAGUCAACAUAAAAGCUAUAGUGGAGAGGAUUCUGUACUCUCGCUUCCAAAAACAGGCAGACAUCAUGAACAAGAUUAAAACAAUAUCUGAAAGUAGAAUGUUUGAAUUUACAAAGAAAAAACAUAUCAGCCACACGGUCAUGGAGGCAGGAUUGGAAUGGAUUAAAGAACAAUAUGGAAAGGGGAUUCCCCAGGGGUUUGCGGAAAAACUCCACGGAAAAGUGAAUCACAUGGUUGAUGAAUACAUUAGGAACAAAGAAUUGGAAAAGACAGAUUUCAAUCAAAAUUUCAUAUAUGAAAUACUAGAUGACGUUGAGAAGAAUGUUGUUGAAUAUGAAGAUGUAGAAAAUGUGAAAUUCACAUAUGAAUACAGAGUUGACUUGUCAGUUCUUGUUUGUCUCGGUUCUGUCCAGAGGUUUCAAAACAUGCACGAGUCAUUCAAGAAAGCUAACAACCCAGUAACCUACCUGGAAAGUAAAAAGGAACAGUACUCUGAAAUGUUCAAACAGUACUGCAAAGGAGCUAAUUCUGUGAGAAUUUUUGCUGAAUUUUUAUUCAAAAACAUCCUGCCUGCAGUUGAAGAGGCAAUUUACAAUCGAACUAAUUUGCAAAUCAUCAAUAUUAUGAAAUGCAAAAACCCAGCAUUCAAUGGCAACAAAUGCAACCUUGAAAAUCAUAUACUGAGAUAUCUUGCAGAUCAAGAGCAAUUUAAGUUAUAUACAGAAUACAUUGAUAACCCAAAGUUGUAUUUUAAAAAUUUUAUUGGAGAACAUGUGGAAACAUUUUGCAAAGACCACAAAAAACUGCAGGACAUGCUUCAUGGAAAUCUAGCAGAAAUAAAAGCAUGCAUUUCACACACCAGCACAGAGGUAUCUGAGGAAGUGAACCUGAAGAACGGCAAUGCAUCCAUGUGGCUCAAUCAUUUCUGUAAAAAGCUUGGGGACCACAUGGUCAUAAACAGGCAGAGUCUGACAAGCAUUCAGGAUGAAGAGAUUAGUGACACAAAGUUUCUGAAAGAGAUGAUGGCCAAGUAUCUUGAAGAGGUGGUUAAAAGUAAAAAUAUGAAAAGUAUGAAAAGUGUUGAUGCGUCUUCUCAGCAUUUAUGCCUCUUAAAGCAGAAAAUAACAGAGAUUCUUUUUAAACAGCUUGAAGGAUGUUGGGCUCAGUGCCCUUUCUGCAAGGCCACCUGUACGAAUACUAUAUGCAACCACAAGGGUGACCACAGUGUUCAGUUUCACCGGUCCAGUGCUAUAGGUCACUCUUAUUAUCAUAAAACAGAUGAAUUUACAAAUGAUUUCUGCACAACCAAUGUAAGCAGUAAUGGUUCAUUCAUAAUCCUUGCAUGUAAAAAAAGGUUCCCCUAUAAGUCCUACAGACGUGGUGGUGACCCUUAUGAUAAGUGGAGCAUCACCGCAGAUGGGAGCACACAGGGUUACUGGAAAUGGUUUGUUUGCAGGUUUCAGAAGGAGUGGGAGGAUAGAUGUGGAUACAAAUUUAAAGGCAAAGGUGUGAUUCCUGACAGCUGGAGAAAAAUCACAAAGGAAUCAGUGCUGGAGGAAUUAAACAUAAGAGACUAAAACUACUGCAAUGAUGCAUAUGGAAGGGAAAUCCCACAAGGAAACGUGUAGUGUUUUAGUUAUAGACAUCAUGGGGUAAAAAAACUGGAAAUAUUCAAUCUUCAAACAAAAUAUACAGCCUCUGCAUGUUAGCAAAGCAUGUAGGAUCUUUGAUGUAGUGUUCUUGAAAUUAGGUUCUGAUUUAAAAAAAAAUAAUAAUCAUUAAAUCUAAUUAUCAUUAAAUGUCUGAAUCUAACUACUACAAUUAAUGAAAUGAAAAUGUUUUCUGAUUUAUAUUAGUUAUUAUGCCAAGGACAAACAUCAUAAUUAAUGCUCUUAUUGUAUUUGAUCCUUAAUUACAUUGAUCUUUAAUAUUUAAUGACAUAUAUUACUGCUUACACUGCUUGACAUCAUGCGUAGCGCCUACCAUGUCUGUGG